AUGGACACGAGUUCAACAGAUAAAGUCGAUCAGCAACUCAAGGAACUUGCCGACAAACAUGGGUUUUUGCGGCCAGAUCGAGGAGAUUUGGACAACCCACCGGCUCCAUGGCGUGAGGGCAAGCCUGAUUAUCGCAAAGCAGAUCUGCUAUACUUCAAAGGAAAGACCAUGAACCACAAGCCAGGUUCUCUUGAACUGAUCGUUGAGAACUUGGUGAAGAAAUGGGAAAUGGAAGGUUCACAUCUUCCUGACUACAUGACCUGGACCACCAUCAACAAGGAGAAAUACAGGGUCCAGGCGAACGGCCAGAAGGUCUUCAGUGGUAAAGAGUCAUCAACCAUAGGUUACUACAACUGGUUGCUUUCCACUGCUUCCAAGGAGCUAUACGACAGCGAGCAGCACACAUUUGAGAGUUCCCACAGCGUCUUCCCAGGGGCGUUUCCUGAUGGCUUUGCAUGGGAGGUGUUGCAAGUUUUCUCAGGGCCGCCUAAGGUGGCUUUCUCCUGGCGUCACUGGUCCAAUUUCAGCGGAGAGUACAAGGGCAGAGUGGGUGAGGGGCAACUGGUUGAAAUGCACGGCUUCGCUAUAGCUACAGUUGAUGAGCAACUUCUCAUCGGUCAGUUAGAGGUGUAUUACAAACCAGAUGAGUUCCUGAAGGCCAUGGAAGGUAAAAUACCGAUAUCUGAUGUGUCAAGUGGGAAGGAGAUAUUGGGUACCGGAUGCCCGAUUCAUCGUGAGAAGUAG